AUGACCCGGACGAGCAUACACGACCACCCGACACUCAGUCGCCUCCACCCAUCGAGCACCGCCCACGCCGCGAUCCUGCCCGUUCCGAAAGGAAAGCCCCCCUUUGCCGCACCGGCCGGCUACCCCACGACGGUCGACGAAAUGAUUCGGCAGAGGCUCCCGCAGCUGCUCGUGUACACGACGUCGUUUCGCGACGCGACGCUCGUGUCCGUGGUGUGGCCGCACACCGUAUCCGACGCCUGCGGCGUCCUGCACCUUCUCAGAAACUGGUCCCUCGUCGUGGGCGGCCGCCAGGACCACGUCUCGUCGAUGCUCGGCGCCCGCAGCGACAUCAUUGUCGAGUCGGACAACGCCGAGCCCGUCGAAGAGCGGGAGCCGCUCGGCCUCGAAACGUGGCGUCUCUCCGGGUGGCCAAUGGUCAAAUGGAUCGCGCGGUUCGCCUGGCGGUGGGCACGGAGCCCGCCCGUCGAGCCACGAACAGUCUUUGUGCCCCGAGACGCCAUGGCCGCCCUCCUGGCGCGCAUCCAAGCCGAGGUGGCCGCGAUGCCGACGCAGGCCGGCGCCGCCACCUUUGCCAGCGAGGGCGACAUGCUGACCGCCUGGAUCGUGCACACGAUCGGCGCCUCGGAGGGCUGCAAGCGGCCCAUGGCCGUCUCAGCCUUUUACAACAUGCGCCCCCGCCUGCCGCGCGCGGCCGACGGCGGGGUCUACGUGCAAAACAUGCUCGCGCUGACAUUUGCGCUCGUCACGGCCGCCGAGCUCCGCGGGCCCGUCGGCCCCGUCGCCGACCAUGCCGGCAACUACUGGUUCCAGGGAAACUUGCGCGCCAGGGCCUGGGAUGAGAUGGAGACGAGGUUGACGGAGCUGGGCGCGGGGCCGGUCGGUGGCAAGACGGCUGACGGGAGUUAUACAAUACUGUAUUAA